CUCAUUCUCGUCCCCGUCUUUCUUUCAUGUGCACAACUCCACCGAGAAGACCAUGAGGUUGAUGACGCUUCCUCGCGAUGUGCUCACCAAAUUCCAGUAGUAUCGCUGCUGGCACACCUCAACCACCAUCUGGCACCGCGUCGAGGAAGCGUGGCGCUGAUGGAGAUAACACCGCCGAGUCGACCGCGGCCAAGAAGGCUGCUAUGAAAGCCAGAGGCCCGCCUACAAUGCGUCGUUCUGGCACUUCAUCCAGUUUUCGUGGAUCGAUGAGACCCAGUCUUGCAGCGGGCUAUAGCUCGCCUUUCCACCAGCAUGUCUCUCUCUCUCGGCCCGUGUACGGACCAGGACUGCUUUCCCAACCCACCCCGGCCAACUUUGAUACACCGGCUGUGCAGUCGGCGUCACCCUCGCUAAGCGCAACAACACUAGCACCGCUUGCUAAUUUCCGUCCCUCCACUGAGGUCAGACAGAGCCUGAGCCAUACGACCAGUGAAGCCUCCGACAGCACAUCGGGUCUGCCAUUGGAAGUGUCGAGGCCUGUCGCCCCCGGUGUGCCACAGCCGCCGUCGAGAUUCAUUCCUCAGUUUGGGCCCGCCCAUAGACAACCUCCACGGUCCGAUGACGAAGAAAGCCAGAGCUCUGACUCCGACGACGAGCCCCUUGCGUGUGCAAAAAAUCAAGCCCUGACCUUUGAAGACCGUCUUCGAAAAGCCCAGGAGAAUUCCGAUGUCUGGGACUUCAUCGUGGACAAACUCGAAUUCGUCAACUUCACCUGCAAAGGUGACCGCGAGCGACAGGCCAUGUUGGAGAUACUCCGACUCCCCAAGCAGAACGAACUCGAUGACAAGCCCAUGCGGGAAGCAGACAGACAUCAACGACGAUAUCAUGUCAUCAUGGGCUCCAUCCUGCAAGUCGUUGGAGUCGUCGGCCAUUGUGACGCCUGUGGUCCGUACAACCGGAAGAAGUGGGAGCACAGGCGAAAGACUUGCACCGGUCUUCCCCCCGAAGCGACCGGCCCGGAGUAUCAAGAACUCGUCGAAUUUGUCGCCGGUCGCUGCAGCAACUGCAUCCGAAGCAAUUACCGACCAGCCUCGUGCCACUUUGCCGCAGGCGUGGCCCCUACCGGUACACAAGCUGAGGGCAUCCCCUAUGCAGCUACGAACGGUGCUCCAGGCAACGCGCCCCCCCAGAAUCAAGAACAAACUCAAAAUUCCCAUGACCCGAUUCGGGAAAUUGACUCUGACCCUCGGGCCCUUAUCUCAACCCCUCCGGCCCGGGCACCAACCGGAGUGGAACAAAACGACGACAGCGGCGACGUGGAAGCCAUAUUUAGCGACAUAAUAUUGGUCGGCUAUCGUGCGAGCACGCAGCUCCAGCAACAUGAGCAGCGGGGAUUUCACAACUGGCUGACCAUGUUGCUCUCUUUCUCAUCCUCGUCGCCAGACCUCGAGGACCAGGCGCUCGCAGCCCUCGCGCGUCUCCGGCAGUUGGACCAUGAUGUCCAGGCAGAUAUCCGACGGCGGAUACUCCAAAUGCUUGCUGGCGCUAUGGGCCGGCCUGCAUGA